AUGACCGACAACUGGGGUCCCGAAGACCUCUCCGAGCUCCGCCGCACGAUCUGCCGCCAAGUCCGAAUCAAGGACGCUGGUCAAACCGCCACCAGCAUGACGCUCGCGCACCGACCCGCGCCCACUUCUUCCCACCUCCAUCCAACCGCAGCAGCAGGCGGCAAGCGCAGCCCCACUACCGACGACGACGAAGACGCGCGCCUAGCCUCGCUCGUGACGGAGACGGCGGUGGCCUACUUCCCCGAGGGCCGCGACGCCUUCAUUGCCUGCGGCGGGAAGACGUGUUGCGACGACGACCUGAUCGAUGACAUUAUCGAUGCCAGGAGGAGGGUCCGCAGGCAGCAGCAGCAGCGGGCUGACGAGAGCAAGGGACAGCAAGCGGGCGAGAACAUCGAACAUUACACCGGGCACGCGGAUGAUCGGGGCGGGAAGGAGGGUCACAACAACAACGAGCAAGACGCCAGCCGCGCCGAUGGCGACGACGACUACGACUACGUCCUGGACCUGCGCCACCCGGUCGUCGCGAGCUGGGAGGAUUCGCGGGAGAAGGAGGAUGGCGAGGGCGACGGGAGCAUCAUCGACUCCGCUUUCGGCGGCGAGCUUGAUGAUGAGGACGAGGACGAGGACUGGGAGCAGGUGGACGACGCCGACGAAGCCAAUGAUGCUGACGACGAAGAUGAGAUGGACUCGGACUCGGACACUGACACGGACACGACGGACGAGGGGGAUAUGCCGGGUGGAGCGUACACCCUGGCGGCGGCGCUCGCGCUGCCCUAUGAGGUGGUCGACGACGAUGACGACAGCGAGGAAGACGAAGAGACGACGGGUGCAAAGUAUGUCCUCGCGCCGGAGUAUGCGGCGCGGUUCAAGAUCGUGGAGGUCGAUGAGGAGACGGAGGAGGUUGAUUGGGAGGACCAGUCUGACCUUCUCGCCGAGUGGGGAAGCUAUUCGGACUACUACGAUGAAUAUGGAGAAGGUGAGAGGGUGAAGAAGAAGGCCCGCGUCGUUUGA